UCCUCCACUUUUUUUCACCUCCACUGUUUUUCAUUGAGAAUGACAGAGACAUUUAAUUUUUAAAUUGACACUACUUGAUAAUGUAUUGGAAAACUUUAUACUUCGAAGUAAAAUAAAUGCGUAGUCUUAAAUAGCACGAUUGAAUGACUGGUUUUCAGUUUUAAGUGGUGGAAAUUUUCCGAAAUGAUUGUCCCGUUAAGAGAUACGCACGCACACGCAUUAUUUCUCGCUGCUAAACGAUGGCACAAUUCCUUCGAGUUUGCAAGUCGGAAGCCUAUUGUAUAAUCCGGCAUCAUGGGACUCAGAGGUGCCAACAGAAUUAUUACGAGAUCUUAAACGUUUCACCUGAUGCGUCGCAGAAAGAGAUUAAACAAGCUUUCAUCAGAUUAUCGAAACAACUACAUCCUGAUGUCUGUGGAAAGCACAGUCAUGUUGAGUUUACAAAGCUGAACGAAGCUUACUCCACUCUGGGAAAAGAAAGUACAAGACGAGAGUAUGAUUUUAACCUAAAGUACAGUAGGUACAAUCCUUCCACACACACCGCAUGGAACAGGCAGUACGGGAGUCAAUGGGAAUACGAGGUACGCAGAGCGGGAGGACCGUGGCCGCCACCACCGAAUGUAAAACCGAGCGGAUACUUUGGGCUUAUAAUAUCUCUUCUGUUUUUGGGAUUGGGCAUGACACAAAUUUUUUUCAUGUUUCAUUCUUGGAGAGUGAGCAGGCUCACGAUAUUGCAAAACGAUCGCGUGAAAAUGAAGUAUCAGCAGAUUCGAGACGCGGCACAGGCUAGACACAACGAUCAACGUAGAACCAUACAGGAUCUCAACUCUGUGGAGGAUCUCGAAGAGUAUCUGGCUGAAAACAGUAAGAAAUAGUAAACAUGUUAUCAGAGACUCGAUUAAAAGAUCGAUUAUUCUAAA